UUGAUUUCAUUGGACAAUGAGCGUAUGUUUCUGGGGUUGUGUGGUUUUAUUAAAUUAAAAAAAAAGUUGAUAGAAGAAGAAGAAGUAAAGGGGAAUUGUUUGGGAGGUGGUUACUUAGGUUGAUGACGGAAUGCAAGAAAACGAUUGGUUGUCUCUCGUUGCCGUCCACAGUGACGCAUGGCUACUUUCUGUCGCUUUUUAUUUCGGUGCCAGAUUCCGUUUCGAUAAAGCAGACAGGAAACGUCUUUUUAAUAUGAUAAAUGAACUCCCGACAAUCUUCGAGGUUGUGAGUGGAAACGCCAGGAGACAGACCAAGGAAAGGUCAUCUGUAACAAACCAUAGCAACAACAAAUCCAAAUCAACCCAUGGUGAAAUUCAUGACGAUGAAGAGCAUGGCGAUACGUUGUGUGGGGAAAACUAUGCUUCCGAUGAAUUUUGGAUAUGCUGUGACAUGUGCGAAAGAUGGUUUCAUGGAGCAUGUGUAAAGAUUACGCCUGCGAAAGCCCAACAUAUCAAACACUAUAAAUGUCCUGCUUGUACCGCCAAAAGGCCACGACCUUGAAUCUUGGUUACUUUUUUUGGUAUCAUGUUUUUACUAGAAAGAUUCUUCGAGUUUUCGUUUGUUUGGACCUUGAUGUAGAGUUUUCCCUUGCAGAAAGAAAGAAAGACUUGCUCUUUUCGCUUUAAUCAAA